CAACUCCAAAGUGAAAGAGAGAAAGAGAGAAUGGUCAUGACAACGAAGUCAGUUUCUACCUUCGCCAUCUUUAUCAUCCUCGUUCUGGUUAUCAUUGAAAUACCUGAAAUAGAAGCACAGGAUAGCGAGUGCCUGAAAGAAUAUGGUGUUGAUGAUGAUGGUGAAGAUGUUGGUUUUCCCUUCUGUGCGCCUAGGAUACAUCCUACGAUUUGUUAUAGAAGAUGCGUAAAGGACAAGGAGGCUAAGGGUGGAAAAUGCCUUUGGGGAGAGGGCGGUAAUGUGAAAUGCUUAUGCGACUUCUGCAGCGAGGAGCCUUUGAAUCAGUUUAUAAGUCGUCUUACUUGAAUCUUGCAUGUGUCGUGGUUUGUGUAAUGAGCAAGGCUAAUGAUCUAAGAAAUAAUGUAACAAUGAAUAAUAAGUAAAAUAAAGAAACGCUAGGCUUUGCUUGUGAAUUACUAUUAUUAAAUAAGGAUAAGUGGAUUUCAAUCUCGUGAAGAUCGACUUCGUAGAAGAUCAAUCCCUCUCUCUCUUCUAGCCAUCUGAUAACAAAUUUAGUUGCAGAUUUGAUUUGCCGGACGGAUAUAAGUAUAUAUAACGUUGUAUACUUGUAUUGAUAAAUGAUAACCCAAGGC